UGGCAUCCAAAGUUCGCGUACAAAUAUUUUUCCGUCGUGAUUGAAUUUAUUACCGAUUGAGGCAGCGAAUAUUUGGCAGGACAAGGGAAAUGGUAUUAAAAUGUCAUUGAAACCCCGCACACCACGCUGUCGUUUGUGCAAGAAUACUUGUGAACCGAAUAAGCUACUAUGGGAUCGUGAUUUCCGUGAAAAAGUGCAGGAUAUUAUUUGUCUCUGGAUAAAAGUUGUGCCAUCGGACAGAUAUCACAUUUGCAGCUCUUGCCAAAAGACGGUCGAAGAUUUUUAUACUUACAAAACACAGAGUCGUAAAAUACUACAUGGAGAAAUUAAAAAAAUAUCCCAAAAUACUUGCGAAGAAAACUCUUCACUAGAAGCAGUCAAAAUAGUUGUAAACAAUGAGAAUAAACUAGCAACUUUGGAAACGCUUUUGGACGAUUGUGAGGAUGAGAUCGAACUACCCGUUGAAGCAAUAGAAGUUAUUGGCUUACAAGUCGAAUCGGCCGGAAGGAAACCACAUAAUCGUAAGCCUGAUGGAGAAGUACGAACGAAACGACCGGCUCAUCGUAAAACUGAAGAGGAAAAGGCUAUGACACCUGCCGAAUAUCGGAGGCACUGGAACCAAAUGUAUCGCGAUCGUUAUAAAGUGGUGUGUGACAUUUGCGGUAAAGCUAUUCAAAAGGUUCUCAUUGAGAGUCACCUGAAUCGACACCGAGGCAUACAACCGUAUGCCUGUGAUCAAUGUGGGCUUCAGUUUCACUGUAAAAAUAAUUUCCGCAAACAUGUCCUUCGGAGUCAUGCAGUCAAUGACGAAGUCCAAUGUGAAAUGUGUAACAAAGUUAUCAAAAGCCAGAUUGCCUAUAAGCAACACCUAAGAUCGGUACAUCAAGAGAGGAAGUUUGAGUGUGUUGUUUGUGGGCUCAAAAUACUUACCAAGAAUGCUCUGGCACAGCACAUGGCCAUUCAUAACCAAAAGCGCGAUUUCGUUUGUCCACAUUGUGGUAAAACUUUCUAUCGUCAGUAUGUGCUUAACAUUCACCUAAGAACUCAUUCGGGCGAAACACCCUAUGUGUGCCAUGUCUGUAAGGCCGCAUUUGUCCACCGUAGAAUCUAUGUCAUGCACAUGCAAAAGUUGCAUCCGAACGAACCAAUGAUGCGUAUGGAUGGUGUCAAAACGCUCAAGGAUUCACUAAUGAAACGAGUCGACUUCUAGAGUUAUCAAAUAAAUAAAUUGAAUUGAACAAAUGUUUGACGUUAUAGUAUGUGUAGGCCUCAUCUAGUUUUUCGACUCUGGGUAGAAUUCAUAUAAUACGGAUAAACCGUCUAUAUCAACAUUUCAAA